CGGAAGUGUCAGAUCGUGCGACGGAGGAUAGCGAUUUAAUUGCUAAUUGCUACUAUAAUUAAGACCGCAAACAUGGGGAUUCUCUAAUUGCGAUGGAGUUUGGACUGCUCUCGACCAUGGGACCGUUAAAAUUAGAAUGGAGGCCCGUCGUGAACUAACCGAAUGAUUCUGAAACAGGACCCCCCGGCGCCGGGUGCUGCUGUCAGUUGGUUUCUCCUUGUGCCCAUUCGGAUCCAUUCUGCUCCAUUCAUUCAUUCAUUCAUCCAUUCAUUAUUCUCUUCUCUGCCUCCUGCAGGCAAACCGGUUUGUUUGAGGAGGGGCCGAUUGCCGUUGGCCUACCCGCUCACCCCAUCAGCUGGUCUCCUUCUUUCUCUCCCCUUCUCUUGUCUUGUUGAGCUUGAUCCAUCUUUGCUUCAUUCG